CACGCACCUUUAUUAGUCGUCGCUCUCCGCCUGCCGAUGUGAUUACACCUGCCCCGUCCUCUCCCUCGGCCGUCCUCCUCCCUGGCUUUUACGCUCUGACAUCGUCGCCUGCGUCUCCUCCUCCUCCUCCUCAUCCUCCGCCUCCUCCUUCCCUUCCUCCUCGACCUCCUUCACGCACUCGGCGCGACUCAUGUCCAAAGUCUGAGAUGGACGUGGAGGCGGCGGGCAUGGUGGUGAAGGGUCCGUGGGACGACGACGUCCGCGCUGUCCAGCAGCGCCUCGCGGACAUCUUCACGAGCGUGUUCACCACGUGUGACGUGCCCGAGCACGCCAUCCUGGGGCCCUGCCUCCUGUCCAGCGCAUCCUUCAUCGACACCAUCGCCUUCAUCGCGCUCAAGGCCGUGGACAAGCGCACCGCGCCCUACGUAUUCAGGGUGGACACCACCGCGUCCCAGGGCGCGGCGGACGGCGUCGCGUGGCUGCGUCUGGUGCAACCGGCGAGGGACCGCGCCGAGCAGAAUCUCGAGGCCUACCUCAAGAACGGGCAGCUCUUCUACCGCUCGCUGCGCAAGAUCUCGCGCGACGAGGAGCUGCUGGUGUGGUACGGCAGGGAGCUGGCCGCCCUGCUGCGACUCGACGACACAGUGCCGCACAAGGCCGCCAACGGAGGCGUCUCCCCAUCGUCCCCGCUGCUGCGCUGUGGCGAGUGCCAGCAGGCGUUCCACUUCGAGUUCCCCUACGCGGCGCACUUGCGCUUCCUGUGCCAGAAGCGGCGCGACUUCUCGAUCCUGCACGAGAACCUGCGCAUCCUCGCCUUCCCGGGGGGCGGCCCCGCGCACCACCACCACCACGGGGUUGGCGGCGGUGGUGGCGCCGUGCUGUCCCCGGCGGCCCUCCUUCACCAGCACCUGCUCGAGGGCAAGCGGGCGGCCGCCGCGGCUGCCGCAGCCGCAGCCGGCCUCUUCCUGGAGAGCGGAAAGCGCGUCACCAACUUCCACAGCCUGGCGCACGACAUGGAGAAGGCGCGGCGGCCGUCGAGCGACGCGGACGAAAGGACGCCCGCCAAGAGGGCGCGGGCGAGCGCUAAACCGCUGCCCGCCUCGGGUGACUCCCCGCCAGCGGCUGCGGCCAAGGGCGACUGUGCGCUCGUGAGCAAGGCCGCGUCGGUGCCCGUCGCGGGCGCUCUCGACGAGCACCGCGACGCCACCACCACCACCAACAUCGGCGGCUGCGACGGGGCUACCCGCGACGAGCGAGUGGUGAAGGACGACCGCGAGCGCUCCUCGGAUGACGUCGACGAGGUGCGGGAGGCGCCGAGGAGGCCGUGCUACGCGACGGACGCGCUGCAGCAGCAGCAGCAGCACGGCUCGAAGCGCAGCGCGUUCACAGAGGUGGUGCGCAAGGCGGGCAAGGAGCGCGCCGAGGACGAGGCGUGCGAGGCGUUCGCCGCGGCGCUCAGGAGCCGGAGCGCCUCCGCGGAGCUGUGCGGCGGUGCCAAGACUCUGUCCGAGACGCGCGCCGAGGUGGCCAUCAACGCCGCGGCCGCCUUCACGUCGCUGCUCAAGUCGCCGCUCGGCGGCGCGGAGCGCAAGAGCGCCUUCUCGCAGCCCGUGCGGCCAUUCGCGCAGCUCUCCGCCUCCAUGCUGCCUCCCUCCAUGCAGGGCUCGAAGCAGCACGGCCUCGAGAUCAACGGAGGAGGCGGCUUGCAGAACGCGUACAAGCAUCACCAGCAGCAGCAGCAGCACCACACGCCGCACCAUCAUCAUCACCACCAUCAGCAGCACCAUCAGCAGCAGCAGACCCCGUUCCUACUCGCACCCGCCUUCUGGCCCAAGGCGACCGCGAUCCCAGUGCAGCUGCCCGGAGCGCUGCCCCUGCUGCCCCCGACGCUCACGCCGUUGGGGCUGCCCGCGCAGAACUGGUGCGCCAAGUGCAACACGUCGUUUCGGAUGACCUCCGACUUGGUGUACCACAUGCGCUCGCACCACAAGAAGGAGUACGCGGAGGAGCCGGUGCUCAAGCGGCGCCGCGAGGACAAGCUCAAGUGCCCCAUCUGCAACGAGACGUUCCGAGAGCGUCACCACCUCUCCAGACACAUGACCUCGCACAAUUAAAGGCCCCCCCCGGCUUUCGCUGGCUUUGUUGCUCCUACGACCGGGGUUUAACUGAACCCAAUUCACCCACCCCACACCCACCACCACCCCACCCCCACCACGGACGUGCAAUUUUCAACGUUGUUGUUGUUACCAAAUCGUCUCCGUUGCGCGCUGCACGCGGCUGGUGAUUGCAAAACAAGUCCCGCGUGACGAAGAGAGCGCCGAGUGUAAUUCAUAGUUAUUCGUGGUGUGUGUGUGCGGGUUACGUCUGGAAGACAAAGGCGUGGGCACGGGCGUGACGUUGGCCACACACCAUCCCGUGUUGCCCUGCCGGCCUUGAUAGGUGCUCGCAAACAGCGCUUGUCCCCCAACAGUCUGUGUUACAGGCGACACGGAGCGGUGUCUGUCCCUCGUCAUCGUCCGCGCAGGUCACGUGUGAUUUAAGCGCCGAUGAAAUCGUAGAGAUCGUGUGUGCGACGCAGGCCUCGAUAUUUCAUGAGACAUUCUCGGAACACCCCCGAGGUUACGGAUCUCCCCCCACGGCACUCCCACCACCCCCCCCCCUCUCUACAGCGCGCGGGUUUGGGGAGGGGGUAUUUUCAGGAGAUCAGCCCCGGACAGCUCCGACUGAAAUGAAGCAACGUCUGUGUACGUGUGGAACUCGAGUACAGAUCUGGCGUGCCCCACGCGACGCACCCGAAAUUUGAAUCGGCCCCUUCCAGCGUCACGUCAUGUUACGUGUUUAGCAAUCAUCGGGCGCGUGCGGCGUGUAACACCGUGAUUUGUAUCUGCACGGAGAAAAUUGCUGAAACGUUGAAAAUGCGGACCGUGUUUCUGUCGCGAUGACUGGAUUUUGCAAGACUCUGCGCUUGGGCCAGGCUAAGCAGAGAUCAUGUAUAUACUGUAUAUGGUAUAAACGUAUAUAUGAAACACAGUGUAUAUACGGUAUAUAGAGCGCGCAUGUUGCGCCUUUAGAGAGGUAUUUAUAUAUACAGUACACGAGACGGGGUUCAAAACGUUCCGCGUUACGAGACACUGGGCCCUGUCGCGCGAGCAGCAUCCCAUAGCCGUCUCGGCGACGAGUCGAUCACCAGUUACGUCGACUUGUCUGCCGAGUAGCACGCUUGGUCAACGUACGGCGCGAAAGAA